AUGAACGGUGAGGCGCCCCUAGCAUUUAGAUUAGAAGGGAAAGCUGUCGAUGACGGUCGACUCAUCCGCUAUUCCUUUGAGCCAAACACGAACUGGUCCAAGCUCUUUUCGCCAGGUGCUGAGAUCCUGGAGUAUGUCAAGGGUGUCGCUCACAAGUACCGAGUAGACGAGAAGAUCAAGUACAAUACGAAGUGGGAUGAGGAGAAGAGCUUAUGGGUCGUGAAGGCGGAUGCUUCGACCGUCAAUGAGGCUGUUGUGAGUGCUACAGAGGCGGAGGUUGUCAUCAGCGCUGUUAACUUGUCGAAUAACUGGAAAUGGCCUGAAGUUGAAGGUCUCCAAGACUUUGGUGGCAAACUACUACAUUCCGCCCACUGGGAUACUGACUGGGACUACACUGGCAAGACCGUUGCUGUAUUGGGAUGUGGAUCUUCUGUAAUUCAAAUUCUUCCUCAUUUGCAAACGAAAUGCCCACACGAUACAUAG